AUGGCAUCAGACUCAUCUGCCACCGCGGCGGCCAUCAUGCGGACGACCGGAGCGGCGGGCCAGCCGGGGGGGAAGGACAAGAUAGUGACGCCGAGCUACUCAAAGAAGUUCAAUCUGCCCGCACACUUCAUCGGCGGCAAUUCGUUAGAGGUUGCAGGCCCGAGCGCGGUCAAGGACUUUGUUGCGUCCCACGACGGACACACCGUCAUUGAGAAGGUUCUCAUUGCAAACAAUGGUAUUGCGGCCGUAAAGGAGAUUAGAAGUGUGCGCAAAUGGGCGUACGAGACAUUUGGUGAUGAGAGGGCGAUCCAGUUCACGGUUAUGGCUACACCGGAGGAUCUGCAGGCGAACGCGGACUACAUUAGGAUGGCGGACCAGUACGUUGAGGUCCCUGGUGGCACAAAUAAUAAUAAUUAUGCAAAUGUCGAGUUGAUUGUAGACGUUGCUGAGCGUUUUGGGGUCCACGCUGUGUGGGCUGGAUGGGGACAUGCGAGUGAGAACCCAAAGCUGCCGGAAUCCCUGGCGGCGUCAAAAAACAAGAUUGUCUUCAUUGGGCCCCCCGGCUCGGCGAUGCGAUCACUCGGAGACAAGAUCUCCUCCACGAUUGUUGCGCAGCACGCCGAGGUACCAUGUAUUCCUUGGAGCGGUACCGGCGUCAGGGACGUCGUUGUCGACACGGAGGGUCUUGUUACGGUGGCCGACGAUAUCUACGACAAGGGUUGCACACACUCUGCCGAGGAGGGUUUGGCAAAGGCCCGAGAGAUCGGGUUCCCAGUCAUGAUCAAGGCGUCAGAGGGCGGUGGUGGAAAGGGAAUCAGGAAGGCGGAUACCGAUGAGAACUUUGCCAGUCUCUACAGCCAGGUUGCCAACGAGGUGCCCGGAUCCCCCAUCUUUAUCAUGAAGCUGGCCGGCAAUGCUAGGCAUCUGGAGGUGCAGCUGUUGGCGGACGAGUACGGAAACAACAUCUCGCUGUUUGGCCGUGAUUGUUCAGUACAGAGAAGACACCAGAAGAUCAUCGAGGAGGCGCCCGUCACGGUUGCCAACCCCGCCACUUUCAAUGCUAUGGAGAAGGCCGCCGUACGACUGGGUAAACUUGUCGGAUACGUCUCAGCGGGUACCGUCGAGUACCUCUACUCCCACUCAGACGACAAGUUCUACUUCCUCGAGCUUAACCCCCGUCUCCAGGUCGAGCAUCCCACCACUGAAAUGGUUACCGGUGUCAAUCUUCCCGCUGCCCAGCUCCAGAUUGCCAUGGGUCUUCCCCUGCACAGAAUCCGCGAUAUUCGUCUCAUGUACGGUGUCGACCCUGCGUCCACCGGCGAGAUUGACUUCGACUUCUCAAAGGAAAACUCACACCUGACCCAGCGCAAGCCGGCCCCCAAGGGACACACCACAGCCUGCCGUAUCACCUCCGAGGAUCCCGGCGAAGGUUUCAAGCCCUCCAGCGGUAUGAUGCACGAGCUCAACUUCAGGUCUUCCUCGAAUGUCUGGGGUUACUUCUCAGUCGGUACAGCCGGUGGUAUCCACUCCUUCUCAGAUUCACAGUUCGGACACAUUUUUGCGUACGGAGAGAACCGAGGCGCCUCUAGGAAGCACAUGGUUGUCGCCUUGAAGGAAUUGAGCAUUCGUGGUGAUUUCAGGACUACCGUUGAGUACCUCAUCAAACUUCUUGAGACUCCGGCGUUCGAGGACAACACCAUUACAACAGGAUGGCUCGACGAACUUAUCACAAACAAGCUCACCGCCGAGCGACCAGACACCAUGUUGGCUGUCGUUUGCGGUGCUGUCACAAAGGCGCAUGUUGCCAGUGAGGCGUGCAUGGCUGAAUACAGGACUUCAUUGGAGAGGGGUCAAGUGCCGGCGAAGGACAUUCUCAAGACUGUUUUCCCCAUCGACUUUAUCUACGAAGGCAAGAGAUUCAAGUUCACAGCGACCAGGUCGAGCUCGGAUUCGUACCAUCUCUUCAGCAACGGCUCAAAGUGCAGUGUCGGUGUUCGAGCGCUGUCCGACGGUGGUCUUUUGAUCCUGUUGGGCGGUCGAAGUCACAACGUCUACUGGAAAGAGGAAGUUGGAGCUACUAGAGUGAGUGUCGAUAGCAUGACCUGUCUCUUGGAGCAGGAGAACGACCCCACACAGUUGAGGACACCCUCCCCCGGAAAGCUUGUCAAAUUCCUUGUAGAGAACGGAGAGCAUGUCAAGAGGGGCCAGGCAUUUGCGGAAGUCGAGGUUAUGAAGAUGUAUAUGCCACUCCUUGCUCAAGAAGACGGCCACGUGCAGCUCAUCAAGCAGCCGGGUGCCGUCCUUGAAGCUGGUGACAUUCUUGGUAUCUUAGCUCUUGAUGACCCCAGCCGUGUCAAACACGCUACACCUUUCGACGGCCAGCUUCCCAACUUCGGUGCUCCCCAGGUUGUUGGCAACAAGCCUCCCCAGAGGUUCACUCAGCUUAACACUAUUCUACGCAAUAUUCUCGAUGGUUAUGACAACCAGGUUAUCAUGGCCACCACACUCAAGGAGCUUAUCGAGGUUCUGAGAGACUCUGAACUCCCUUACGGUGAGUGGUCUGCUCAAUUCUCAGCCUUGCACAGCAGGAUGCCGCAGAAGCUUGAUGCCUUGUUCUCCCAAAUCACCGACAGGGCAAAGGCUAGGAAGGCCGAGUUCCCUGCAAAGGCAUUGCGCAAGGGUCUUGAGCGUUUCUUGGAUGAGCAUGUUCAGGCUGGUGACGUUGACCUUUUGAAGUCGGCUUUGGCGCCCCUUACGGCCAUUAUGGAUGCAUAUGCCGAGGGCUUGAAGGCACACGAGCUUUCAGUUUUCCUGCACAUCUUGGAACAUUAUUGGAGCAUUGAGAAGCUUUUCUCUGGCGCAAACACCAGAGAUGAGGACGUCAUUUUGAGACUCCGUGAUGAGAACAAGGAGGACAUCAACAAGGUCAUCCAGGCAGUUCUCUCGCACAGUAAGAUCAGCUCUAAGAACAACCUUAUUCUCGCUAUCUUGGAGGAGUACCGCCCCAACAAGCCUGGAAAUGGACCCAUCGUCAAGUUCUUCCGCCCAAUCCUCAAGAAGCUCACUGAGUUGGACUCCCGCCCCUCUACCAAGGUUGCCCUCAAGGCCCGUGAGGUCCUCAUCCAGUGUGCUUUGCCAUCAUUGGAGGAGAGAGCGACUCAGAUGGAGCACAUCCUUCGUUCUUCCGUUGUGGAAUCAAGAUAUGGAGAGACUGGAUGGGAGCACAGAACUCCUUUGCUCGACACUUUGAAGGAAGUCAUCGACUCGAAGUACACAGUCUUCGAUGUCCUUCCAACAUUCUUCGCCCACGCCGAUCCCUGGGUUUCUCUUGCUGCUUUGGAAGUCUACGUUCGCAGGGCUUACAGGGCCUACGAGUUGCACGUCGUUAACUACCACAACCUGGACUCAGAACCUCCGUUUUUGGUUACUUGGGACUUCCAGCUCCGAAAGGUUGGUGUUACCGAGUAUGGAAUGACCCAGCCAUCAGCUCCUACUACCCCGACCGUUGAGCGCAGUGAAUUCAAGCGUAUUGGCUCAAUCAGUGAUCUCUCAUUCUUGGUUGGAAAAUCCGAGGCCGAGCCUGUGCGAAAGGGUGUCAUUGUUCCCGUCACCUUCUUGGAUGAAGCCGAGGAACUACUUGGCAGGGCUCUUGAACUCAUUCCGCGUGGAAAGGGAGGCAAGAAGACAACGAAGGAGAAGGAAGGCCACAUGCCUAGCCUCGAGGGACGCAGAAAGGCACACACCCUCAGCGCAAUUGAGAUCGAUGAGGAGGAGAUUCUUUCAGCAGUGUGCAACGUUGCAGUCCAGGAUGCCGAGUCUAUGGAUGACAAGGACCUUAUGGAGCGGAUUCUCCCUCUCAUCAAUGACUUCAAGGCCGAGCUUCUCUCGCGCAACGUCAGAAGAAUCACCUUCAUUUGCGGUCACAAGGAUGGAUCCUACCCAGGUUACUUCACCUUCCGUGGACCCGAGUACAGGGAAGAGGAGAGCAUUCGUCACAUUGAGCCCGCUUUGGCUUUCCAGCUUGAGCUUGGCAGAUUGUCGAACUUCCAGAUCAAGCCAGUGUUCACUGAGAACCGCAACAUCCACGUCUAUGAGGCUUACGGCAAGGAGGUCCAGAGUGACAAGAGAUACUUCACCCGUGCUGUUGUCCGAGCUGGUCGUCUGCGGGAUGAGAUCCCUACAGCGGAUUACCUCAUCUCCGAGACUGAUCGCUUGGUCAAUGAUAUUCUUGACGCUUUGGAGAUUAUUGGAAACAACAACUCUGAUCUCAACCACAUCUUCAUUAACUUCACCCCAGUAUUCCCUCUGAGCCCCGAGGAGAUCGAGCCUGCUCUUGGUGGAUUUAUUGAGAGAUUUGGAAGACGUCUUUGGAGGCUUCGUGUCACCGGCGCUGAGAUCCGUAUCAUCUGCACUGACCCCAAGAGCGGACUUGCUUACCCACUCCGUGUCAUCAUUCAGAACGUUUCCGGUUAUGUCAUCCAGGUCGAGAUGUACGCAGAGAGAAAGACUGAUAAGGGUCAAUGGGUCUUCCACAGCAUUGGCUCCAAGCCCGGCUCCAUGCACCUUCGUCCAGUCAACACCCCAUAUGCUGCUAAGGAGUGGCUUCAGCCCAAGAGAUACAAGGCCCACCUUAUGGGAACUCAAUACGUCUAUGAUUUCCCCGAGCUCUUCAGGCAGGCAAUCCAUCAAAGCUGGUUGAAGACCGCAAAGAAGGUUUCUGCUUUCAAGGAGAAGGUUCCUCAACUCACAGAGUGCCUUGACUACAACGAGCUUGUCUUGGAUGAUCAGGGUGAUCUCACGGAAGUCCAGAGGGAGCCAGGUACCAACACACACGGUAUGGUCGGUUGGGUAGUAACUGCAAAGACCCCCGAGUACCCCAAGGGCAGGAAGUUCGUCAUCAUUGCCAACGACAUUACCUUCAGGAUUGGUUCUUUCGGACCUGCGGAGGACAGAUUCUUCCACAAGUGUACCGAACUCGCCAGAGCGAUGGGUGUUCCUAGGAUCUACCUCUCUGCAAACUCCGGUGCAAGAAUUGGUAUGGCCGAAGAGUUGAUCCCCCACUUCUCUGUUGCCUGGAAUGAUGUCGACAAGCCUGAGGCUGGUUUCAAGUACCUUUACCUCACUCCUGAGAUGCACAAGAAGUUCGCGGACAGGAAGCAGAAGACCGUCAUCACAGAGCGGAUCGUUGACGAGGAAGAGGAGAGAUACAAGAUCACCACUAUUGUUGGUCAGGAGGAUGGUUUGGGUGUUGAAUGUUUGAAGGGAUCGGGUUUGAUUGCUGGUGCAACUAGCAAGGCUUAUGAGGACAUUUUCACGCUUACUCUUGUUACUUGCCGUUCCGUUGGUAUCGGUGCCUACUUGGUCAGGUUGGGUCAGCGUGCAAUCCAGAUUGAAGGACAGCCUAUUAUUCUCACUGGUGCCCCCGCUAUUAACAAGCUUCUUGGUCGUGAGGUUUACACCUCCAACUUGCAAUUGGGAGGCACCCAGAUCAUGUACCGCAAUGGUGUGUCUCACUUGACUGCCAACGAUGAUUUCGAGGGUGUGCAGAAGAUUGUUGAGUGGAUGUCAUACGUUCCUGAGCGAAAGGGUGCUCCUGUGCCUGUUUCUCCAUCUAACGAUACCUGGGACCGUGAUAUCACAUUUGUGCCACCACAAAAGAACCCUUACGAUGUCAGAUGGCUUCUUGCCGGUAAGGAUGAUGAGGGUCUCUCCGGUCUUUUCGACAAGGGUUCCUUCCAAGAGACUCUUAGUGGAUGGGCCAGAACCGUCGUUGUUGGUCGUGCUCGUCUUGCUGGUAUCCCUGUCGGUGUCAUUGCUGUCGAGACCCGCUCAGUUGAGAACAUUACUCCUGCCGACCCUGCGAACCCAGACUCUACUGAGAUGGUUACUCUCGAGGCUGGUCAAGUUUGGUACCCCAACUCUGCAUUCAAGACCGCACAGGCCAUCAACGACUUCAACCAUGGAGAACAACUUCCCUUGAUGAUCCUUGCCAACUGGCGUGGUUUCUCCGGUGGUCAGAGAGAUAUGUACAAUGAGGUCCUCAAGUAUGGUUCCUUCAUCGUCGAUGCUCUCGUCAAAUACGAGCAGCCUAUCUUUGUAUACAUUCCUCCUUACGGCGAGCUUCGUGGUGGAUCUUGGGUUGUCGUUGACCCCACUAUUAAUGCUGAUAUGAUGGAGAUGUACGCCGAUGAGGAAGCCCGCGCUGGUGUCCUCGAGCCCGAAGGUAUUGUCAACAUCAAGUACCGCCGUGACAAGCAGCUCGACACCAUGGCCCGCCUUGACCCCGUCUACGGUGACCUGCGCCGCCAACUCGCCGACAAGAACCUCGCCCAGGACGAGCAAUCCACCCUCAAGGUCAAGAUGGUCGAGCGCGAGAAGCUGCUCAUGCCCGUCUACGGACAAAUCUCUCUCCAAUUCGCCGAUCUCCACGACACACCCGGCCGUAUGCAAGCCAAGGGUGUUAUCCGUAUGCCCCUCCAAUGGAAGAACGCCAGACGCUUCUUCUACUGGCGUAUCCGCCGUAGAUUAAACGAGGAGCUGUUCUUGAAGAAGAUGGCGGUUGCGGACAAGGGCUCCACCAGGACUGAGAACUUGGAGAGGUUGAAGAUGCUGAUUGUUGCGGAUGGCGAGAGUACCUUGUUUGAUGAGAACGACCGCUUGGUUGCGUGCUGGUAUGAGGAGAACAGGAAGGAUGUGCUUUCCAAGAUUGAGGGUCUGAGGCAGGACGGCGUCUCAAACCAGGUUGCAUCUCUCAUCCAGAAGAAUGGCAGCAGCGCGUUGAAGGGUGUUGCUGCUGCUCUCGGCAAGCUCGGUGAGAAGGAGCGUGAAGAAGUCCUCAAGUUACUGGCUGGGUCAAAGAGUCCAUAG